CAGUAGACCACCACAACCCAAUACAAUGUCAGCACAACAAACACAACAACAGCCCCAGGGCCAACAGCAAGAACAAAAGCAACAUAGAAGAAGAAAUAAUCAAACACCAAAACAAGAAGGACCUAAAAGAGAAGCCAUUUUAGACUUAAACAAAUAUAAACACCAAGAAAUCAAAGUUAAAUUCGUCGGUGGAAGACAAAUCACCGGAGUCCUUAAAGGAUUUGAUCAAUUAAUGAAUUUAGUAUUAGAAAAUGUCAAAGAACAACUUAGAGACCCUGAAGAUGAUACUGUAUUAACCAAAGAAACUCGUGAUCUUGGCUUAGUUGUGGUUAGAUGCACUUCCUUGUUAACCAUUUCCCCAGUUAACGGGUUUGAAAUUAUUGAGAAUCCAUUUGUACAACCACAAGAACAAUAGAUUAGUGUGUUUAGUAAUAUAAGAUGUAUUAUACUACAAUUGUAGAGAGUUCCAUAGUACACAUCGUACAC